UCUUUGUAAGUGUUAUGGUCCUCGUCUCGACUGUUUGGACUGUUUGUUAUUACUGAUACUGAUUUUAUUAGUGAUUACUGUUUACAUUUUACACAUUACGUACGAAAUAAUAAAUAUGCAAAACAAGUAGUUAUUUAUAGCGAACCAGUAUUGUUCGGUAGGCAUAAUAUAACAAUUGAAUUUCACCAUGGGUGAAAAAUCUACUCCACUACUUGCUGUUCUUCAACUUCUAAAAAAGUAUAACCUAAAGGGCACUGAAGAAAUAUUACGGAAAGAAGCCAACCUCGGUGAUGCCCAAUUUGAAAAUCUUGAUUUGCCAGAAGUUGAGCUUGCAAGCAUUCUUUCGGCACAUCAUAAAGAAAGUGACCCACUUACAUAUGAAUCUGCUUAUGAAAGCCUGAAGAAAUUUGUGGAAAACUCUUUAGAUGUUUAUAAGUUUGAACUAUCAACUUUACUGUACCCAGUUUUUGUUCAUAUGUAUCUACUCCUCAUACUUUAUGAUCACAAUGAUCAUGCAGAAAAGUUUUUUGAGAAAUUUAGUGGAGAACAAGAAGAUUACUAUCAGGAAGACUUGCAACGUUUAUCCGUUGUUAAAACUAAAGAUCAUAUCAAAGAAAAUGAAAUUGCUGAGAUUUACAGCUGUAACAAGUUUGAGGUUCUACUGUCAAGGGAUACAUCUUCACAGCUUAAGAGAUUCAUACAUGAGCAAAAGAGUUCUCCAGUUAUAAUUAACAUCAUCAACAAUCACAUUCAGAUUGACAUACAUGACGGACCAGGCAGAACACAAGCUCAAGUAAAAGCUACUGCCGGAGGAUUAUUAGGAGAAGCUGCAAAAAAUGAAAAUCGUGCCAAAGUAUAUUAUGGUCUUCUCAAAGAACCUGAUAUUCAAGUACUACCUGUUCCUGUUGAAGAUGAGGAAGAAGUUGAAGAGACUCCAGAUAAACCGAAGAAGAAAAAGGCAAAGAGAGACAAUAUCUUUAUGAAAAAACCAAAAUCAGACCCUAAUGCUCCUUCCAUUGACCGGAUUCCAAUUCCAGAUUUAAAAGAAAAUGAUAAAAUUGAAAAGGGUAAGGCCUUAAGAGAAGCUUCAAAGAGAGUUCAGUUAGGUCCAGAGACAUUGCCAUCUAUUUGUUUCUACACACUUCUCAAUAGUGGCCACACUGCACUGUGUGCGGACAUUUGUGAUGACUCAACAUUACUUGCUGUUGGCUUCAGUAAUUCUACUGUUAAGGUUUGGACACUGACCACAAUAAAACUUCGUGGUAUGAAGUCAAUUGACAAACUACAGGAUAUUGACAAAGAAGCAGGCGAUGUACUUGUGAGGAUAAUGGAGGAAAAAGAUAGGGACACUUGCCGAACAUUGCAUGGUCACAGUGGUCCAGUGUACAGAGUGGGAUUUGAUCCGUUUAAAACACUUCUCAUUUCGUGUUCCGAAGACGCAACAGUGCGGCUGUGGUCUCUGCAGUUCUGGACAUGCCUGGUGGUGUACCGCGGGCACGUUUUUUCCGUGUGGGACGUGAGGUGGUCUCCGCACGGCCACUACUUCGUGUCUAGCGGCAACGACCGCACGGCCAGACUGUGGUCCACAGAUCAACAUCAGCCGAUAAGAAUUUUCGCAGGACAUAUGUCUGAUGUUGAUUGCGUACAAUUUCAUCCAAACUCUAAUUACGUAGCGACGGGCUCGAGUGAUCGUACGGUUCGUUUAUGGGACUGUCUCACGGGGUCGCAAGUGCGUCUUAUGACUGGACACAAAAAAUCAAUAAUUACACUUGCUUUUUCUGUAUGUGGAAGGUGGAUUGCGUCUGGAGGUGACGGUGGUGAGAUACUUGUCUGGGAUAUAUCCACAGGCUCACCGACAGCAGCCCUUCCAUUGUAUCACUCGGCACCCGUGACAACAUUAGCUUUUAGUCGAGAUGGAACUAUUUUAUCAUCAGGAUCUUUGGAUUGCACUAUUAAACUAUGGGAUUUUGGUCUCAUAACAGAUGAAAAUACAAGUGAAGAAAACACUACUAAUGGAAGUACAGCUACAAAAGAAGAAAAAUUUUUAUUACGAUCUUUUGCUACCAAGAACUCACCCCUCAAAAAUUUACAUUUUACAAGGCGUAACCUUCUCCUAGCUGUGGGUUCCUAUGAAGGCAGUUCAUAAGUUGUGUAUGUAAAUUAUGUCAAAUAUUUGUUAAGCGUUAAAAUUAUACGUUCUUCAAAAGAUUA